CAUUGGAUCGUAGAUUACGCCAGUUGCAAUUUGGCGGCGCAUUUCGUUUUCGGCUGUUACUUUCGAAUAUAAUUAAUUUGAAUGAAUAAAUUUUGAGAACUACGGAAGGGAUUAUUUGCGUUGCAAGUGCUAAUUAUUAAUGUUGCUUGCAUAAAAAUUGAAAUCGAGCCGGAGGUAUCUGAAAUCUUGCCAUCGUGGAGCGAACUUUGCCGACCUGAAAUCUGCAUUGUACAUUGGAACCGCGUGCGAAUCGGAGCUUGUCUCGUCCGCAUAACACACGCAUCUUAAUUGUGUUCCCCUUGACGUUUUCCGCCUUUUGCCGGUACAGCGAGCAGCAAAAGUGGAGUACAGUGACCAAAAUUGAAAUCCGGACACCGUGUUCAGAAAGGGUGUAAAAGAAGAUGUAUGCCUUUUUUUUGUUUUAUGAGAGCGUAACCUACAGUCUGUUGAAUACAACGCACAGAAAAUCGAUGAAAAAUAAUAAAAUAAAACCUUUACCGAGGGCGAAUUACAAAAGAAACUCCAUAUUCGUAGGCAAAAUCGAAGUUCGGAUAGAGCAAAAAAAUUACCAAAGGAUGUCAACCAACAUGGCGUGUUCGCUUGUAACGAAUUGGAUUUGAAAGAGGUCGAUGUGUAUGGAUUUGAUUACGACUACACUUUGGCUUGUUACAAACCAUCACUGCACUAUCUUCUCUAUAACUUGGGGCGCGAUAUGCUGAUCGAACGAUUUAAGUACCCUAAAGCAAUUGCAGCGUUAGAAUACAUUCCAGGAUUCGCAGUACGUGGUCUCCAUUAUGAUAUCGAACAGGGCCUUCUGCUCAAGUUGGACUCGUUCCUUCAGAUACAAUUGGGUUCGGUGUAUCGCGGAUUAACUAGAGUUCCUGAUGAUGAGGUGCUCAAGAUCUACAAAAACCGUAUAAUCCCCAUUGCCUAUGUAGAGGGCCAUUCGAAGACAUACAAGCCGAAUAAGUGGUCAAAAAUGGUUCAACUGGCAGAUUUGUUUUCUGUUCCGGAAAUGUGCCUACUAUGCAACGUCGCUGAGUAUUUCGAACGUAACCGAAUUGACUAUCAUCCGGAAAUCCUGUUUCAUGAUGUGAAAAAUUCAGUACAAAAUUGUCAUCCCGUUAUGCAUCGAAUUGUUUCUGAAAAUGUUGAGGAGUAUAUUGAAAAGAAUCCAGACCUAGUUAAAUUCUUUCAACGAUUGGUUAAUGCCGGGAAAAAACUUUUCCUGGUCACUAACAGUCCAUUCAAUUUUGUAAAUAAGGGCAUGUCACUGCUGAUUGGUAGCGAUUGGCGAGAAUAUUUCGAUGUUAUAAUUGUACAAGCACGGAAGCCUCUCUUUUUUACGGAUGAAUCUCGACCCCUUCGAAUUUACGAUGUUGAAUCUCAGACACAUCUAUGGGAUCGUAUUACUAAGCUGAAUCGAAACAAAAUUUACUAUGAGGGCACAGUGAAACAGCUUCAGGAGCUGACUGGUUGGCGUGGACAUUCUGUAUUGUAUUUCGGGGAUCAUCCUUAUAGUGAUUUAGCUGAUGUUACUUUGGAACAUGGUUGGCGUACCGGAGCCAUAAUAAAUGAGUUAACGCAUGAGAUAUCAACGCUUAAUAAUGAACAAUUCAAAACAAACGCUAACUGGCUGCAGAUGUUAACGCAAUUGAUAGAAGACUAUCAGGAUGAUGAUAAUGAGGACGCACGAAAGGCUUUGGAUAGAUGGAUGCAAGAACGUGAUCAACUAAGACAUGCUACGAAGAAAAUUUUCAACAAACAAUUUGGAUCUGUAUUUCGUACGUACCACAACCCGACAUAUUUUUCCCGUCGUCUAUUUCGAUUUGCUGAUAUCUACACGAGUAAUAUAACGAAUCUCCUCGAAUAUUCCGUUAACCAUACAUUUUACCCUCGACGUGGGGUCAUGCCGCACGAAUAUAUAUCAUAUUUUAUGUAAACGAUUGUAAUUCAAGUACAAAAGCAAAAGUUUAUUUUAGAGUGAUACACUCCCACUAAAAAAAAAAAGGAAAAAAAAAGACAAAUAGGAAACUUUUAGAUUGGCGAGCUGAAUUGAAUAUCGAAUUAUUGUUAGUAUCUAUCACACAUAUCCUGAUAGUCCAGUGGUUAGAGCACUAGAUUCCUGAACGGAAGGUCACGGUUCGAAUUUCACUGGGGGCAGUGGGAUUUGCACCGUGUCUUGACGUCGGAUACCAUUCAGCUCAGCUGUGGAUGAGUACCUGAGUCAUAUCAGGGUUAAUAAUCUCGAGCGAGCGCAACGCUGACCACAAUGCCUCCUGUACUGUAUCGUUACGGGUUUGAAUGAAGUGCUCUAACACACUCGGAUUGUCGCGCCAACUAUUAUAUUAUAAUUUCUCACACAAAGGACUGAAGAAAAUUAAUGACAAUAACUAUUGCCCUAUUAUACCAAAAAUCGAUGAGAUUAUACCUUUAUUUGUAAUGCCGGCUCCACAGGUUUGGCAUUUGCCGCAAACUCCAAACCUCCGCAAACGUUGAGCUUAAUUUUGGAGACUAGACAUCGUCACCUAGACGUUUGCAGGUGCGUUAGUGUUUUCUGAGCAGGCAAGCAAAUUCCCUUUGAUUUGUCUCAAAAAAAUCAAUCGGAUCGCCUGCAAGCCUACUCAGCCAAACACCAUCCGCACGUUUGAAUUUCCAAUGGCUUGUUGAGGCCUGGCAAACAUGUGGAUCCGGCGUAAGAAGUCUUAUUUCGGAGUUUGUUGAUCGACUUUUUUUUGUUUAUUUGUUAUUUAAAUUGCCGGGCUACAAUGACAAGCCUGGAGUGAAUAUCGUAACUAGUAUAUUAUGAAAUGCCAUAUAGAGUAAAACAUGAAUUCUUGAAAUAUAA